GCGGCUUUUCGAACCUCUCUGUUUGCUUUUAAGGUUGGUCGAAAAUGGGUCAGCUGCACAAGUUAGAUAAUAGGAUACAGAUAAUGCUUAAAAAUGGCAUUCUUCGGAAACAUAGGUCGAUGUUUGUCAUGGUUGGGAACAAAGGCCAGGAUCAGGUCCCCAUAAUGCACCAAAUUUUAAAUUCUCUCUCAAGUAAAGGACGGCUCAGCAUUUUGUGGUGCUACAAAAAGGAGUUGAGUUUUAGCACUCACCGCAAGAAGAACCUCAAACUUUUGAACAAAAGGCGGAAAGCAGGGUUGACAUCUGAUGCUACAGUUUUUGAGCAAUUUGUAUGCUCGACAGAUAUACGUUGGUGCUAUUACGACGAGUCACAUAAAAUUCUUGGACAAACAUUCGAUAUGUGUGUGCUUCAAGAUUUCGAAGCUCUGACACCAAACUUACUUGCUCGGACUAUUGAAACUGUUUCUGGUGGAGGUCUCAUAGUUUUUUUGUUAAAAUCUAUGACUUCUUUACAACAGCUUUGCACUAUGGCUAUGGAUAUCCAUUCUCGAUAUCGCACUGAAUCCCAGCACAAUGUUGUCGGUCGAUUUAACGAAAGGUUUUUGUUAUCAUUGGCUAGUAACCCUCGAUGUCUUGUAUUAGACGAUCGAUGGAAUAUCCUACCAUUGUCCCGGAAAGUUCUCAAUUCACUAACGUCAUUGAAGGCUGAUAUUAGUGAUGAGUCUAUUCUUCUAGAACAGAAGGAACUCCAAAAGCUUAAAGUCUCCUUAGCUGAAGAUGGCUCACCAUUUGCUCCUUUAAUAAAGUUGUGUAUCACAUUUGACCAGGCUAAAAGUCUUGUCCAAUUCUGUGCUUCUUUGGCUUCAUCUUCGCAGUUACAAAAUAAGGGCUGCAAUAAAAAUACUCAGGAUACCACCUCCCUGGCUACGGCAAACUCUCUUCUUUCUUCGAUCGGAGCUGGAACUAAGGAAACUAGUAGCUCAUCAGCCUUUGUUGUUGUAACCGCCGGUAGAGGCCGGGGUAAAUCUGCAGCAUUGGGACUUGGAUUAGCUGCUGCUUUUGAAACUGGUUUGCCUAACUUGUAUGUUACUGCACCCAGUCCGGAAAACCUAAAUACACUUAUGCAGUUUGUUGUAAACGGUUUAAAUGCUUUUCAGUAUGAAGAGCACCAGGAUUAUAUUGUUAGUCGCUCAAUGAAUCCUGAACACAAUCAAGCUACAGUUAGAAUCGACGUUUACAGACGAAGCCACAGACAAUCUCUUAUCUAUUUACCACCAUGGGAAAUGGCUGCCCUAUCGAGUGUCAAACAAGCAGAUCUAGUAUGUAUAGACGAAGCUGCUGCCAUUCCACUACCUCUCGUACAAUCCAUUAUCAGUGGUCCAAGAAUUGUAUUUAUGGCAUCUACUAUUAAUGGUUACGAAGGCACUGGUCGAUCUUUAUCCUUUAAACUACUGCGUCAACUGCGAUCACAAUGCACCAUAUCAGGAACUACAACAAAGUUGUCAACAGAUGAUGUAAAAUCUAAGUCUGUUCAGUCGACGGGGAAAGACAAGAUGUUAUUGGGGAAAGGUUUUCGAUCAGUUGAUACUUCACGGGUUUUAUUUGAAGUAUCUCUCACUGAAGCUAUUCGUUAUGCUAGUGGCGAUCCAAUCGAAGCUUGGUUAUUUGACUUAUUGUGUUUGGAUUGUGGAGAGUCUCUGUCUCGUGAACAACAAGCUAAUGAAGUCAAUAUUUAUCUUCCUCCUGUUGAUCAAUGCCAGUUGUAUUAUGUUAAUAGGGAUACUUUGUUUUCAUAUCACAAGUCAACGGAAAUAUUUUUACAUAGACUGAUGGCUCUUUAUGUUUCGUCACAUUAUAAAAAUUCUCCAAAUGAUUUACAACUACUUUCAGAUGCACCUGCUCAUCAUAUAUUUUGUCUUCUUGCUCCAUAUGAUCAUAAAUCUGGCUGUGUACCAGAGGUUCUUUGUGUGCUGCAAGUUUCUUUAGAGGGGAAAAUAAACAAGGAUCGAGUGAUGCAUAACCUUUCUCGUGGUUUACGUCCUUCUGGUGAUUUGAUCCCUUGGACAUUGUCUCAACAGUUCUGUGAUGCCAACUUUGGUGAAUUAUCUGGUGUUCGUGUAGUACGAAUAGCUACUCAUCCUGAUUAUCAAGGUCUUGGUUAUGGGACAAGAGCGUUGAAACUCUUAUAUGACUAUUACAACGAGCAAACGGAUAUUAAAGUUCUUCCAGAAAAUCAGCAUACUGACAUCCAAACUGAAAAUGUUGGCUGCAAUCGUUCUACCGAAGAGACUAAAAGCUUGAACCAAACAUCCAAUAAAUCUUUAAAAUUCAAACCUUCAACCUUAAGUUUUAACUGUGAUUUAGAUGAAGAGAACUAUGACAAUCACGAUGACUCAGAUGCUAGUUUGGAAUCUAAUAAUACAAGAUUAUCUGAAAAUAAUUCAAAUCUUCUCACAGAAAUAAUCAAACGACGUGAACCUACGAGUCUGCCUCCUUUACUUAGUCGUCUUAUUGAACGUCCUUCUGAGAAACUUGAUUACAUUGGUGUUUCUUUCGGUGCUACUCCCAGCUUGUUAAGAUUUUGGAAACGAUCAGGUUACAUCCCAGUUUAUCUUCGUCAAAAUAUGAAUGAGCUGACAGGGGAAUUUACAUGCAUAAUGGUGAAACCAUUUAAGCAUCAAAGUGUCUCGUCGCAAUCGGCAGAAUGGCUUCAGAAUUACUUUUAUGAUUUUACCAAACGUUUAAUACAUCUUUUCCCUGGACCAUUUAGACAUAUGGAUGGAACUUACGGUCUUGAACUCCUUAGUCAUAAAUCAAUGGAUACUGCAAUAUCUAAUGAGCUUACCCAAUCAGAAAUUAGCAGCUUAUUUAAUGCAAUGGAUUUAGAAAGAUUAAGGCGUUAUAGCAGGUCACUUGUUGAUUUCCAUCUUGUCAACGAUCUGUUACCCCGUUUAGCUCAGAUUUAUUUCCAAAGGCGUCUGCCAAAUGUGCGCUUAAAUAAAACUCAACAGGUUAUCCUAUUAUGUAUGGGUUUACAACAUAAAACAGUGGAACAAAUAUCCAGUGAAUUUAGUCGUCUACUUGGUGAUUCUACUCGUCCUCAAAUUCGAGUUUCUGGACUUGCACGGCCUGAUGAUGCUGUAUAUUCAAUACUAAAUUCUCUCAAAGAAAAGUGCGACCCAUCUGGAUCUACAUCUAGCAUCGAUUCUUUUGGUCAUAAAAAGAAAGGACCAGAUACUGGUGUUACUUCAGGUUGGACUAAGUGUAUUCUUGGUCUUCUGUUUGUUAUUGUUCGUGAGCAUAUCAAGUCGUUAGACUCAAUACUUGCAUCUGAGAGGAAAUGUGGGAUAGAAUCAAAGAAAAAUACUAUCGAUGGACAAUUGCAGCCAGUCAUGGAUGUGGAUCUGAAAGUAAGUGUUCGUACUGUAAAACCUAAACUAAGCUAAUUCUAAGCCAUAUUCAAGUAUUUUGAGAUAUCGAACCUAUCAAAUGUUUCUGAUUUUAAUGUAUGUAUUUUUCUCGGUACUUACUGUUUAUUAUUAUAGGUGGAUAAUGUUCUGUUUUUAAUUAAUUUAUAAAUGCACUGAAUGUGUACCAUUAUUUGUAUUUUCGUCACAUUCGAAUUUUUCUAGGACGGAAAUUAUGCCGCGCUUAGAGUAGAUGAAAAUACUUUAUCAGAGUCUGACGAAGACAAGUCUGAAGAGUAUGAAAAUUCACUUUCAGAUGAUGAGAGAGAUAGUAAUUCAAAAAAUGCAGAACACACAAGUAAUCAUCAUUUGGAAUGUAAAUCAGAAAUCAGUGACUCUGAACGUGAACGUAGAUCUACUUUAGUACAUCAACUAAUAUCUGAAGAAAUUACCGGCCAAAGUAAUUUAUUCUCUGCUUACAAAAUUCAAGGUUCUGAAACUGAUUGGGCUGAAGCUGUAGUAGGACAUGGAGCUGAUCUUUCUUCACUUACUGUUAAAUUACCAUCUAAUCAAAAAAUUAACAAUGAACGGUAAGUAGUAAGUUUCGCAGAAAGUAUAGUUGAAGUCGCUUCAUUUGAAAACAUGCUAAUGUUUCGUAUAUACUUCGCAUAAUUGCUUGGGACGAUUUGAGAGAUGAUAUAACAUUAUUAAAUCUUACAUUAUCGAUGCGAUCCAGUUUUAUGAGUUUCAUACAUCUUCAUCUAAUUGUUCGUGUUAAACAUGAAAUUCCAACGAAGUUAUUAUAUCUUCAAGAAAAAAACGAGUUUCUUUCUUUUGGUUUCAGAUCGACUUGGUCAAUUUAUUUAUUAUAGGAUUAGAUAAUAAUUUACUCCGCCUAUUGAUUAAUUUAUAUAUAUUGCUUGUAGGAUCAGUGACUUAUUCACUAUGAACAAUCACUAUGAUUAUCUUUUAAAUCUUCUCUUACAUAGCAAAAAUAAUUUGAUUAGGAUUUAUUGCUAUUUCUUUUUGGUAGAUUGAUAUUAAUUAUAAAUUCCAGAUACUUAUUUAACAUAUUUAGAUAAUUCCAUAAUAAACUUUUGUUAAUGACUUGUUUAUAUUCCCUUGAAAAUCUUAUAUUUUAUACUGAUUUACUGAGAACAAUUUUCAUUUAAAUCAAUUGUGUGACGAAAACAUUUUUCUUCCUUAAUAGAAGCAUAAAAAGUAUUUCUUGUUAAAGACAAAAAAGUUAUUUCCACGAGUUCUAGUAACUCUUUUUGUUAUUGUUAUUCUUUAAUUUAAUUUAAAAAAUAUGCACUACAAAGUAAAUGCCAUGUCUUCUGGUUUUUAUACUGUUUCAACUUCAACAUUUUAUGUUUCCGUGUAUUAUUUAAUUCUUUUACAAUUAUUAAUCUUGAUCUAUCUUUUGGAUAAAAUAUUCAAGAUCUUAACAACUGCUUAUUGAGUUUCUGAUUAAGAAUAACAUUCUUGUGUGUUUAUGUAUUCCCCUCUGUUACAUGGAUCAGCAAAUUUUUAUCAUUAUUUUUAACAGAUAUAUUCUGACUUAUUGGUUUGCGGCUAUAUAGCUUUGAAAGUGAAUUUAUUUAAUUAAUCCUUUUUGGUUAUUUUAUGUCACGAUAAGUGUAUUCCGUUUAUUUAGAAAUUAGAAGAACCCUAUGACAAUGAAGAAAUUCAACUGGUCUUUAAGUUACUCUAUUAAAUUUACUGACGUGAAUACGAAAAUGAACUUUUUCACUGACUGUAAAAUAGCAUAAAUAUCCUAAAUGUUAUUAGAAAAUAUUCAUCACAGUUUAUAUAUAUCUGAUCUCUCAAACGAUACACUUUGGGGAUCAUUAUGUCAAAAAGAUUUUAUAUCGUUACUUAACCUAUCUAUAUCUUAAUUUUUUUAAUUUUGCUUUUCUUAGAAAAAAUAAAGAUCAACAAUCUUGUCACUUCGAGAAGAAAAAACAUAAAAGAAAACUUAAAUUGACUAAAUCGAAGCGUCAAAAGCUGACUUGAUUUCGGAAUUAUUAUUUUCUUGUAUACAAUGAUGUAAAGCUUUAAAUAUAUAGUCAACUAUGU